GUGGGACCCUCUGCAGGCUCCGUACUCCAAGGGCCGUACCAAGACGAGGGGGUGGAAAAGGCAACCGCGGCUCGUGUUAAGUCGAGUGGUUAAAAAGUCAGGAAGAAGAGCAGAAGUUUCAUUCAGUCAUCCCAGCUUAUACUCCUGCUUUCUUGUGCUCCCUUCAAUCAGUUGCAGCUGCGAAGUUGUGUUGGAAAAAAUUUUCCACUCCAGUCACGCCGCUUCCCCCUCCACCCGGAAGAUCGGUCCUCCCGGAGGAACUCCCCUACGGGGAGGGGUUGCUGAGGGGAGUGGGCGUUACGUAGGGAGAGAGUGUUGGUCACGUGCUAACAGGCCGCGCAGGCUCCUUCCGACCCCGCGGGGCCUCAGCGGCCGCGGACAGCGAACCGCCUCGGCGCACGCGCAGCGAGGUUCCACGUGAGCGCCUGCGUUUCUUCUCCAACCCAACGAUGCCGCCAGAACGUAGAAGCCGAACGAAACCGGACCGGAGACCCGGAGUGAGUCUGGACCGGAAGAGCCGAACGAAGCCGGGCCGGAGAGCCGGAGCAGGGCCGGGCGGGCCGCCCCGAAAGGCUGCUCCUUCAUCCCAGCGGAAACCGCCGGCCCGGCCGAGCGCAGCGGCCGCUGCGAUCGCAGUCGCGGCGGAGGAGGAGAGACGGCUCCGGCAGCGGAACCGCCUGACGCUGGAGGAGCACAAACCGGCCGUGGAACGGUGCCUCGAGGAGCUGGUGUUCGGCGACGUCGAGGACAACGAGGACGCGUUGCUGCGGCGUCUGCAGGGCUCGCGGGUUCAAGUGCAGGAAGACUCAGGUGACUCAGAAGUGGAAAAUGAAGCAAAAGAUAAUUUUCUGUUUCAAAAGAAGCCAGUUUGGGUGGAUGAAGAAGAUGAAAAUGAUGAAAUGGUUGACAUGAUGAGCAAUCGGUUCCGCAAAGAUAUGAUGAAAAAUGCCAGUGAAAGUAAACUUUCAAAAGACAAGCUUCAAAAAAGACUUAAGGAAGAAUUCCAGCAUGCCAUGGGGGGUGUACCUGCCUGGGCAGAGACUAGUAAGCGGAAGACAUCUUCAGAUGGUGAAAGUGAAGAGGAUGAAGAUGAUUUGUUGCAAAGGACUGGGAAUUUCAUAUCUACAUCAGCUUCUCUUCCUAAAGGAAUCUUAAAGGUAAAGAAUUGUCUCCAUGUUAACGCGGAACGUCCUACCACGGCUCGGAUCUCAUCCGUGCAGUUCCAUCCUUGUGCGCAAGUUGUAAUGGUUGCCGCGCGAGAUAAUGCCGUGUCGCUGUUUCAGGUUGAUGGAAAAACAAAUCCUAAAAUCCAGAGCAUCUAUUUGGAGAAGUUUCCAAUAUUUAAGGCCUGUUUUAGUGCUACUGGAGAAGAGGUUUUAGCCACGAGCAUCCACAGCAAGGUUCUUUAUGUCUAUGAUAUGCUGGCUGGAAAGCUAAUUCCUGUGCAUCAAGUGAGAGGUUUGAAAGAGAAGAUAGUGAGGAGCUUCGAAGUGUCUCCAGAUGGGUCCUUCUUGCUGAUAAAUGGUGUUGCUGGAUAUCUUCAUUUGCUGUCAAUGAAGACCAAAGAACUGAUUGGUAGCAUGAAAAUUAAUGGAAGGGUUGCAGCAUCCACGUUCUCUUCAGAUAGCAAGAAACUAUAUGCCUCUUCAGGCGAUGGGGAAGUUUAUGUUUGGGAUGUGAACUCUAGAAAAUGCCUUAACAGAUUUGUUGAUGAAGGCAGUUUAUAUGGAUUAAGCAUUGCCACAUCUAGGAAUGGACAGUAUGUGGCUUGUGGUUCUAAUUGUGGAGUGGUAAACAUAUACAAUCAAGAUUCUUGUCUCCAAGAAACAAAUCCAAAGCCGAUAAAAGCUAUAAUGAACUUGGUUACAGGUGUUACUUCUCUGAGCUUCAAUCCUACUACAGAAAUCUUGGCAAUUGCUUCAGAAGAAAUGAAAGAAGCGGUCAGAUUGGUUCACCUUCCCUCCUGUACAGUAUUUUCAAACUUCCCAGUCAUUAAAAAGAAGACUGUUUCUCUUGUUCAUACCAUGGAUUUUUCUCCCAGAAGUGGGUAUUUUGCCUUGGGGAAUGAAAAGGGCAAGGCCCUGCUCUAUAGGUUGCACCAUUACUCAGAAUUCUGAAGAGAAUAUUUGAAAUCCAGUUGAGCCACAAGAGAAACCUGUCUCAAUAUAUCUUCUCAGAAGCUUUCUGAAUGUGUGAUAACAUGUGUAUAAUGAUGUAUCGAGCCAGCUGUGCUUAUUUAAGUCAACAGAGGUGUCUUAUAAACAAAUAGCAACUUUUGUUUGAAAAUAAAUGUAUGUUCUUUCCUUCCCACCUACACACAAA